GCAUGUUUAGUUCAAUAAGUACUUCUAUUUGAGCAGGUUGUAAAAUGAAGAACAUAAUUUUUAUUAAAAUAAUAUUUUUCGCAAUUUUUGUGUAUGGUACGCGAGCCGAUUCAAGUAGCAGCGAUAGCAGCAGUGAUAGUGACAGCAGCAGUGGUGGCCAUCAUAAACAUAGCGGUAAGAGUCAUCAUUCAUCGCCAAACGUAGCCCAUCAUCAUUAUAAUAAUCCAGCGUAUGGUGGUUAUAUGGGUGGUGCACCACCACCGUAUCCAUAUGGUGGAUAUUACUAUCAGCAACCACCACCUGCAUAUUAUGGGCCUCCACCAGCAGUAGGACCCUACCCAUAUGGAGGCUUUGUAAAUCCUCAAAUGCCACCAAAUUACAUGUACGCAGUACCAACACAACAAGCUUCAGGAGCACCUUAUCCAGCACCAAAUAACUAUCCAACUCCUAAUAAUUAUCCGGCACCAAACAAUAACCCACCAGGUAACAAUUAUCCAGCACCGGGCUCUGGCAAUAACGGCUAUAACCCUCAAAGUUCAACAAAUCCUGGCCAAGGUCCACCAGGCUUUAGCAGCACUAUUAAUCACUCAUUAAAGGUUAAUAAAGAAUAUCAGGAAGAUGGUCAUCACUAUCGCCCAGAUGCACCAGUAACUCCAGCUGCUCAAUAAUUUAAAUUAGGAAAGUAACAUAAAUUAAAACAAUUUUUUUUAUUUAAAAUAAGAAACAAAAAAAUUGUAGGAAAAAAAUGUAAUUAAAUCUCAUUUAUGCAAAGGCUGUUCGAAACUUUUUAUCUACCAUUAAACACAAACGUUUUUAAACUCUUUGUU